AUGUCCUCUACCACGCCAACAGGUGGACAUUCACCUAAGACAUGGAAACGAGACACUAGCCCCGAAUUCUUCAUCUCAACCGAACCAAGCCUACUCUCUGUAAAAGCAGUCAAUGCCGCAUACGAUAGAGACUUCGUUUACUGGGUCAAAAAGCCCCUCCCAGAGGAGGUACUGUGGCAGAUGCUUCACGGCGCCUUGAGUUUCGGCGUGUACAGGUGGACGCAACCCGCGGAAUCCGUGAAUGAUUCUACCAUCCCGUCUUCGGAGAACACUGAGCAGAUUGGACUUGCUCGGGUGGUCACAGAUGGUUGUUCAUUUGCCUAUCUGUCGGAUAUCUACGUUCUUCCCGAGUACCAAGGCAGUGGACUUGGAAAAUGGCUUGUGGGUUGUGUUGCCGAGACCCUUUCCAAAGAGAACAUGCCGUAUCUACGUCGGAUUAUGUUGCUCACUGAUGAUGAGCGCCUGCAGGCUUUCUAUGCAAAAAUGUUUGGAGUGAAGGUCGUUGGGCGUGAAGAGCGAAAGGAUAUGGGGAGGGAUUUGGUGUUUAUGUGUGCGAGACCGCAUGCGCAGCCGUAA